GCAGGGAGGGGCGGCCGUGAGGAGACGACGCCGCCGCCGAGGCCCGCGGUGUCCGCCCGCCCGCCCGCCUGUCAGCGCGCCGAGGCCGCGAGGGAGCCGGCGGACGGACGCGGGGAGGAAGCGGCAGCGGCGGAGGCAGCGGCGAUGGCGCGGCUGGUGGCCGUGUGCAGGGACGGCGAGGAGGAGUUCCCCUUCGAGAAGAGGCAGAUCCCCCUCUACAUCGACGACACCCUCACGAUGGUGAUGGAAUUUCCUGAUAACGUGCUAAACCUUGAUGGACAUCAGAAUAAUAGUGCACAAUUAAAGCAGUUCAUUCAGCGACAUAGUAUGCUUAAACAGCAAGAUCUAAAUAUUGCCAUGAUGGUGACAUCGCGUGAAGUCCUGAGUGCACUUUCGCAGCUUGUCCCAUGUGUCGGCUGUCGUCGUAGUGUGGAACGUCUGUUUUCCCAGCUUGUUGAGUCUGGAAAUCCAGCUCUUGAGCCCCUAACCGUUGGCCCAAAGGGUGUCCUUUCUGUAACUCGAAGCUGCAUGACGGAUGCAAAGAAGCUUUACACUUUAUUUUAUGUGCAUGGGUCCAAAUUGAAUGACAUGAUAGAUGCAAUUCCCAAAAGCAAGAAGAACAAGAGAUGUCAAUUGCACUCCCUAGACACACACAAACCAAAACCUUUGGGUGAAGGGAGCAGUAGCACACUCAGUACAGAGAAAUUAGGUGCAGAUAAGAAAAGUAGUGAAGACAACAGGAAGGAGAGCAAGUGUAAGAUCACAUUCCACUAUGGACCUUUCCAGGGAGCAGCCAGGGGUUGUUGGAUGGAUGUGUGGGAACUCAUGUCCCAGGAAUGCAGGGAUGAAGUAGUUUUAAUUGAUUCUAGUUGUCUUUUAGAAACAUUAGAAACAUAUCUACGAAAACACAGGUUUUGCACUGACUGCAAAAAUAAAGUACUUCGGGCAUACAAUAUUCUUAUCGGUGAGCUAGACUGCAGCAAAGAAAAGGGCUAUUGUGCUGCACUUUAUGAGGGUUUGCGUUGCUGUCCACAUGAACGGCAUAUACAUGUAUGCUGCGAAACGGAUUUCAUUGCACAUCUAUUGGGUCGAGCUGAACCAGAGUUCGCAGGAGGGUAUGAGCGAAGGGAAAGGCAUGCAAAGACAAUAGACAUUGCCCAGGAAGAAGUUUUGACUUGUCUGGGUAUUCAUCUUUAUGAAAGACUGCACCGAAUUUGGCAAAAGCUACGGGCUGAAGAACAAACAUGGCAAAUGCUUUUUUACCUUGGUGUUGAUGCUUUGCGCAAAAGUUUUGAGAUGGCUGUGGAAAAAGUGCAGGGUAUUAGUCGACUGGAACAACUCUGUGAAGAGUUCUCAGAAGAAGAAAGGGUACGAGAACUAAAACAAGAGAAGAAACGGCAAAAAAGGAAGAACAGGCGGAAAAAUAAGUGUGUAUGUGAGAUUCCUGCUCCUUUGCAAGCAUCAGAAGAGAAAGAAACAAAUCAGGAGAAGGAGAAUUCCGACUUCAUGGAAAAUAGUUGCAAAGCCUGUGGUAGCACAGAAGACAAUAGCAGUUGUGUAGAAGUAAUUGUUACCAAUGAAAGCACUUCAUGCACCUGUCCUGGCAGUGGCACUCUGUUGGGUUCACCAAAAAUAAAGAAAGGUUUAUCUCCGCAUUGUAAUGGUAGUGAUUGCGGCUAUUCAUCUAGCAUGGAGGGCAGUGAAACGGGAUCUCGGGAGGGUUCAGAUGUAGCCUGCACUGAAGGCAUUUGUAACCAUGAUGAAAAUGGUGAUGACUCGUGUGUCCAUCGUUGUGAUGAGAAAGAGGAAGAUGGGGAUAGCUGUGUGGAGUGUUGGGCUAAUUCUGAAGAGAACACAAAGGGCAAAAACAAAAAGAAGAAAAAGAAAAGCAAAACUUUGAAGUGUGAGACCGAGCACAUUCAGAAACUUGGAAGCUGUAUUACAGAUCCAGGUAAUCGUGAGUCCUCAGGAAAUAUCGUGCGCACAGAAUUUCAUCGUGACAAGACCAAAGACACACAUGCUGAAAGCUGCUGUAGCUCAGAAAAAAAUGGGCAGCAAUUGCCUUGGUUUGAGCACAGGAAAAACAUGUCACUGUUUGUAGAACCUACAGAACCAGCACCUGCUCCUGAGUCUGGAAAAGGUGCCAAGAGCUUAGUUGAGCUCCUUGAUGAAUCCGAAUGCACUUCUGAUGAGGAAAUCUUUAUCUCACAAGACGAAAUACAGUCAUUUAUGGCAAACAACAAGUCUUUUUACAGCAAUAGAGAACAAUACCGACAGCAUCUGAAGGAGAAAUUUAAUAAAUACUGCCGCUUAAAUGAUCGCAAGAGGCCCAUUUGUAGUGGUUGGUUGACAACAGCUGGAGCGAACUAAAUACAAUAAAAUAGCUCUGUCUUUCAUUGAAAUCCUUGAGAUGACUACUGCGCCUUCUCUUUCAAAAACUUAAUUUAGUGACUUAUGGCAAAAUUUUAUCUUAAAUCAAUGUGAUUCUUUUUUUUUUUCUCGUUUUUUUUUGGGGAGGUUGGUGGAGGUGAUUUUCAUUAAUUUUGAUCUUUCUUCAGGCUUGUAUCUUUAGUUGAGUAGCUGUGCAAGCCUCUCUUAUAAUUUAAGCCAUCUCUUUUCAUUAAAUGUUUCUCUUACUGUGAGACUUACAAAAAAAAGCAACCUAGUGGCAAAGUAAUGUUGUACCUAUAAUUCUGUACAGAAUGACAAUGAGCUGAAUAUAAGAUUUUACAAAGUAGACAUCCAUUUGCAAAAUGUUUUGGAUGUAAUAUGUUAAAGCGCAAUGUGCAAAAUUUAAAUAAAGAAUAUUUAUUAAUAUGCAUAGUAAAA